AGACGAGUGCAGGCCUGCGGCGACGUCACUUUACUGUUGGACGUUAUUAGCCGCUCUUGGCUGUGAUAUAUGCGAGGUUAAAAUCCCGCUGUCGUUUAGGUGCACCACUAAAUCACGCGUGUCUCAAGAUGUUAGUAAAAGUACAACGCGGAGGAAAGAAGAAGUAUGUCAAACCGGAAGAAGCACUUUCUCAGUGCAGGUAAGAACGUGGAGCAAAUCCUCAACUCCAAGCCGGCAGGGAUGACCGUGAUAAAAGAGUGUCUUGAUCCUGUCACCGGCACGCAAGCCACACUCACAUCCACUGGCGCACCGUCACCGUGAGCCAUGACAGCGCUAUUGAAGAUGCGGCCCCUGUCUGUUCUGCAGCUGUCAAUCAUGCUGUUCUGCCUGCUGCCAGGUGAGGUCACCGGGACGAUAUUCAAUGGGCCGUCAGUGCUCAACGUCAGCAGUUGCCCCGUCUCGUUUUAUGGAGAGACAUAUUCUCAAAUCUACGUGAGCUACCCGGGGACCAUUGUGGUGCUUUGCUUUGACGGUUACUACAAUCAAAGCAAUGUAGGCGACUGUGUUCUGGCAACCAUCUAUGAAAAGGAGGUCAUCGAACUGUCGAUAAGCAAUGGAGGACAAAAUGACCCUGAAAUCCGCAGUAAAUUGCCCAUCCUCAACCCAGCCAAGUGUGUGGUCUCCCUCUUUGUAGAUAAUAAGUUCACAUACAGGUUUCACAACUAUGGGACACAGGGAGCCUUCUCCAUUUUUGCAAACAGCAACCAAAUCCCGGGAAGACUUAACCUGCGCACGGUGGCUCUCAUAUACACCCGGAUAUCCACCAGCAUCCCAUAUUCACAGUUGACAACCACUCAUUUUUACGACGUCAGUUCAUGCAGAUACGAAGGUUCAUUUUAUAAAGCCGGAGCGUCACUCAACAACUCGAAUGCAUGCUUCUCCCUGAGCUGCAACUCCACCUCAGGCCUCACUGUGAACAAGUGCGGAUCCUUGGAGAUCUGCAGUAAUCAGAAAUGCGUCCUCCACUUGGAGUGCUCUGUCAUCGGUUCUUCCGUCAUUGACUUUUAUGGCAAUGUCAACUCCAUCCCUGAUCGCUGCGGGUACAAACUACUUAGUCUGGAUGCAACUCCGGGGCAGUCUGUUGUGGCAAAGUUCCAGGAGCAGCGUCGGAAAGAUGUCAGUAUGUUGGACAGCUUGUUGCUGGACUUUGGGGAGGCAAAGAACAACAUCGUCAUCGAGCAAGACGGGAAAAUCAGGGGUGACGCAACGCAGAUCCAAAACAUUUUCUUUGACUCAGACUUGGGAAUCAGUGGCACAUUUUUGUUGUCCGAGUAUGCCAUUUAUUUCCUUUAUGACGGAUACGCCACUUUGAUGAUAAUGUAUGGACCGGCCGGAGACGUCCCUCCUCUGCAGGGUUUGUGUGGCAACAGCAGCGACUUACAGGCUUCCAAGGUCAUUACUUCCAGUCCCAGCGGCUGUGAGAUCCUACACAGCGACACAGAAGACAGCACAAUCGACUGUGACGCUAUGACCCAGCGAUGUAAUCUCAUAAACGGGAGCGACUUCAGUUUCUGUCACAGCGAUAUCAAUCCCGAGCCAUACGUCAAGGCCUGCAUUGACACGAUGUGCCGAUAUCCUGCAUUGGAUGGCUUAGACUGUCAUUUCCUGAAUUCCUACGGCACAUUUUGCGAUACACGUUUAUUUCACGAUGUAGACUGGCAGCCGGCAGUCAAUUGCUCUUACAGAAACACCUUCUGUGAGGGCACAGACUGUAAAGAUCAUGAGUUCUGUGGUUUUGUACAAGGACAGCCCGGCUGCUACUGUCGAGCGCUUUUCGCUGAGCCGUACAGGACGACGCACACGUAUGGCCAGCUGGUAUGCGAUGACAGCAGUGCUUCAUUCGAUCUGGUCGGUUGUCUGCUGGAGGACAUCAGAAUCAACUACACUGACUUGCACCUCAAUGAUGACACAUGCAGAGGUCACCUGGACAGUGAAACCCACAUGGUGCACUUCCUCUUCAAUGGCAGCAACACUUGCGGCACCAACAUCACGGCCGACUACAGCCAAAUCAUCUUCCAGAAUGUAAUCCAGCAUUCCAACGCUUCAAAGGCAGUCCACAUUGACUUCUCUUGCGUCUUCACACAGCCGGCCGAUCAACUGACCUUGUCCUUUGGAAUCCAGGACAAUUCUGUGGGCCGGUCCAUUAAAUCUGGAAAUCUGGAGUACAACUUGACCAUGAGAGCCUACGAGGAUGCCAACCACUGGAAACUUUUGGACUGGAACUCAGAAAUCCAGCUCAACCAGAAGGUUUGGAUCAAGCUGACUGCCGAGAUCCAGAGAGAGAACUCCCUCGCCGUAGUGAUUGACUCCUGCUGGGCCACCAAUGAAGUCACAGGCGACGGGAGUCCGAGAUACAACCUCAUCGAGAGCGGAUGUGCGAUUCGGGAUGACUCAAGAGUCACGCUGACUGCCAAUGGAGUGGGAAUAUCCAGCCACUUCUCUUUCAACAUGUUUCGCUUUUCCCACAAUACCGACCCCAUCCACCUGCACUGCAGAGUUGUGCUGUGUCCCAAACAGACCCGCCAAUGUGUCCCGGUUUGCCUCUACACCGCAACAUGCGCUCUGACGCAUCAUCCGGAAGACCAACCUCAUCUUUCUGCCUCUUUGUUUUCCAGAACUGUGCCAAAGGUUUUGGGAGACGCCGGCGUGCCAGGUCUACGUACGUCGAUAGCGACGUAACACACAUCAGCAUGGUUUGAACCGCCUAGGGAGGAUGUGUACGGGAGCAUGGCGCCAUCGGACGGCCUAAACUAGUUCUGAUCAUCACUUGUUUUCGCCGGUUAUUUCUGUGCCGGUCAUC